GAGGUAGUCAUUCGCGUCGCGAAAUGGGUAACGGCAUUUAUAAUCUAUGGGGCUGUCUUAUCGUGUGUUGUGACAAGCAAGAUUUGUUUGCUAGUUCUAGGGCAGCAGUUUAAAAGUAUCGAUGAAACUACAACGAAUUCCACAACCAAAUAUUCGUCAGAGACAAAUAAACAGGCUCUGUUUUUGAUGCUCGUUUUGGUUUUAAUGAUCCCAGAAGCUGUUUGUUUUAUAAUUACAUGUUGGACAAGUUUGUUGGAGAAAGAUCGACCGUGGCCUUCGAAGCAAGCAUCCAUAUUUGUAAGUAUCAGAUCUUCAUACUUAGUCAUUGCUAAAAUGAAUCUCUUUAAUGUUUGCGUUUUAAAUAAGGAAAUUUUAAAAUUGAAAUUAUGCCCAGCUAAGGGAAGAUUUUUUACAAGCUGAAUGAACUCGGUCUGACAUCAUUUUUGAGCAUUUCCAGUUUUACGCGAACGUUUCGCACUAAGGCAAUUUGGUCAAAUGUGUCGUACGGCCAAUGAGACCUGCCAAUACAGCGCGAUUUCUCCUCCUAAAUCAGAUGUGUAAAGUGAAUUAGCAGUGAAUACUAAGACUGACCCACAACCUUCCAAAACCACGCAAAAAAUUUGAAAUUGCCUAGGGUUGAAAUACGUAUUCAUGUCUUCUGCAUAUCUUUUUUCAUGUUUGUUGUUUUCACUUUAGUCUCCGGUUUGAUUGCUUACUUCUUCCGUGUUUCCUAAAUGAAAUUUAUCAAAUUGGCGAGUGAAUUAAAUCUAUCAUUCAAUUAGACAGAGGACCAAGAAUACUAGAGGUUGGAGUACUCAGUGAUGCGAUACCGUUAAGGUCACUUGUGUGUUUAAUGUUUGUGUUUCAUUUUGCUGCGUUUAUUUAAAAUUUUUCUCUAUGUCCCUGUGGUGAGAGUUACUGCAGGAGGAAAUCAUUUUAUUUUUAGACGCCUUUAAAUCUUUAUCAGUAACAGUAAAUAUUUCGCAAUUUCUGGAAGAAAGGCUUCUCUUCGUCUCUACCUCAUCACGAAAGUAAAUGAGAGAUGUUGUCGAUGGAAAUCACUAUUGAUACAACAGCGUCACGUGGCUACAGAGCUGUGAUUGCAAUUUAGGCUUUUCACUCAUGCUCUUUCAAAAUAGCAGAAAAUAAUUUUAUAGCCAGUGUUAUUUCGCAUGAGUGCGUCAAUGGACACAAAAGAAAGGCGUCCACGAUCUGUAAACGCUACGAGAAUGAACAAAAUGGCUCAAAAUGUUCUAAGUUAAAUAACAAUGGGGAAUUUUAAGAACAGGUUUGACCGCCUAAUUAGAGAAAUACUUUUAUUCGCCAGACAGUCGCGUAUUUACGCGUGAAAACUGCGUCCGUUCUUGUGUUAUGCCUUAUGUUAACUCAAUCAACUCUACUACGUCCUUUCACUAAUGGGUAUUAUACAUUAUCUUGAUAAUGGCUUCGUGAAAGCGCUGAUUUGCUAGUACCAGUUAGUCUUACAUGCUUACUACAAACAAAAAUUUCUCUUCCUGUUUCUAAAAGGGUCGGAUAUUCUUUACUUUCCAGGAAAAGAAUUGUGUUUGCUUGUGUCUGUUUAUGUGCGAGCUCCUGACACAUAAACAGAAAAGCAGUGCGAAACGAUUACAAGUAUAUUCCACUAAAUGUACUUGUUGCCGGUUUAAAACGUAAGGUUGAAUUCUCACAAGCUAACAUCGUCUAUACUUCUUUCUUAUUCGGUAAGUAAUUCUCUGAUUUUCAUUGUAACGUCGUAAAAACAAACAAAAAAUCAUUUUCCUUCGAUGGCAGUUCUAAUUUCAUAGACAGACUUUUCGCGCUAUGUUGAACUGACAAAAAUGAUGCGGAGACUUUUAGCUCUCAUGCUAUGAAGGGUCAAAUUAAAAAUGAAAUACUCAAGUUCUCGGUGACUGAACUCAAGAUUCAAUAUAUUGAGGAAUUGUCUGUUAAACUAAACCCGUGUAUAAUUUCGGAUCGAAGGGAUUCAAUGGCAAUAUUUCCUGCUUUGUUGAGAUGUAUGGUCGAUUAAAAAAAUUAUGGGUCAAAGGAAAUUAACCAGUGGUAGCAGGUGUUUGGAACUGGAAAUUAUUUGCAAAAACGAUAUCACUGCUUCCAUAAUUAACCCAAAGACUUUCAUUUUAAUUCAAUGGCAUUUUUGACUGGCCAUUAGGAAUUGAAUAAAUUUCUCUCGCCCCAGCCCUCCCUCUUUGCGUUACGUGAUAUCAGAUAAUCACUAUUUACUGACGAUUCGUCUGUCAAUCUUUUUACCACAAUAGGCAUUGUUAUCACAAUCUGAUUGGCCAGUUUGCCGUUUUUGAUAAGUGUACAGACAACACUGCUCGCAUCAAUGUGUUACGAUCGACAGUGGUUUAGCGUGGUCUGUACUCUUAUCAACAACGAUAUUCGUCAUUAUUGCAGUGCUCAAAAUUUGUUACGGACUCAUCCGGCUGCUUCCAUAACAUUUUAAGCUCUGCGAUGACGACUAUCGUUGUCAAGAAGAGUACAGACCACGCUUAACCACUGUCGAUUUGUUAAUUGGCCGCUUGAGAGAUGUCAAAUAUUUUUUGGCCACUUGAGAGUAAAUAUUAUCAUCGUAUCUGUUUUAUGUCGGUGGAGUUCCUGCGAACGUAACACGAGACUUGGGCCAUUAAAUUUCAAAUAGACACCUUUUCCGAUGCAAUGCCGAAUCAACGUCACACAACGUUGAUCUCGUCUUCUCGAUUUUUUCGAACGCUCACAAUUUUUCCGGAUAUACUGGUUCCCAAUCAGAUAUCUUUGGCUCUAUGUGGUCUUAAGUACAUAACAGCAAGUGACACGCAUACAAAUAGCACUCGGUGCAGCAAUUAUCAUCAUCUCUUAUUUGUAUCUCCACAUUCAAAACUUAGGAUGCUAUAAUUUUUUCUUUACACGGCAGACUUUGAUUGGUGGAUUUUUAGAAGCAUGCUGCUUGUGCUACAUUGCUGUGGUGAUGGUGACAGUUCUACCAGUGAGCCCUGAUUCAAUCGUGUUACUAAUGUGCAGUGUAUCUGGCUUAUCGUUACUAUGGCAGGAAGUCUACAAAUUUUUGUGGCAACGCGAAACCCCAAUCAGCAAGCAGGUUAUAGUGGCAUCUCUACUCUCCACCGUUCUUGUUUUUGCUGGCACUAUCAUUCUGUCUUUCAAGGUAACUUGAACUAAAAUUGCUUUUGUUCUUCGACCUUGUUGUUCACAUUGUUAUUUAUCAUUAAUAGAUGUCUUGAAAUGUUGAAAAAUGAGCAGAACUACACUAUUUGCAAACAUUUCAUGAACGGGUGACAAAUUAUUGGGUUUCUCCACAUUUAACUUAAAGGGUAACUGACGCCAAAUUUUUCUUCUUUUCUUUUUUUUUGUCCUAAUACAUUCCUCUUGGGUUAAAGAAUCCUAAAUGAGCAAAUUAACGAUAUAAUGUGCAAAAUCAAAUUUUUUACGAAUUUCUUUUGAGGCUUAAUCGACAGCCAUUUUGAGAACAGUUCGAUUCAGGUCACGUGAUGUGAGACGUCACACGUGUGUAAGGCAUUAAAAGGCGUCUUGUCAAGACCUGAAAGUAACAACUUCGCCCAGGCUGUUCAGCUGCUAUCGAAAUUUACGAGCGGAAAAAAAUAGGAUUUGUUCCACUCUGGUAUAGGCCACCAUUUAGAGACUACGAAAUACGAAGAGAGAAAUAAAAUAACGAAGGCUGAAAAAUCGAAACGCGACGGAUCGCAUGUCUGUAUUCAGAGCCACAGGUAAUUUGCACGCCAUUCCAAACAGCUGCAAAAAAAUAGAUUUUUUCCUCUUACCAUUAUCGAGUCCUGUACUAAAAGAAAUGUUUUUUAGUCCAAGCCGAAAAGCAUUUGUCUUUAGAUUUUGUCCGGUGUAUAUCACUGUGACUUCAGGCCCAUCGGUUCUGGAGUGAGCGUGACUAACGCAAAGUGUUGUCGCGUAUUAUGGGAGGUCGUCAUCUGGUUUCGUGAACGAAACUCUUUCACGUUCCCGAAAUGUACAAGAUUUAUCCUUUUUUAUUUUUUUAACGGAGACUCGGAAGACUUCUGUUGUAACUUUUUGUUUAUUUCCUUCGAUGAAUUUCGUUUCUAGCUGAGAGUUCUCCAGGAAUGAUUAAAGCUAACAUUGAGCUGCAUAUAUAGCACAUUCGUGUGCCUAAGUUUAAUUAACUUCCAAUGGAAGUGAAUAUUAACAGAAACAUGGUAUAAAAGAAUGUUACAAGAAGCGCUUUGUUAUGAGCGCCACACUCAAGCGUUGUUUCUCAUUUGCGACCGGAAACAUGAUGAAAUCAAUCCUGUCCGAAAGGUUACUUGUUUCAAAAAUGUAUCAAUGUCAGCAGAGUGAACAAUAAAACAAUAAAUUACUCGCGCUCGUUUAUCGUAAAUAAAACAAGCCGACAACCUGAGAGAGUAAACCACUAUAGCACACGUCAAGGGACUACCUCGCACCCACCGUUUAAAACGUAGUGCUUUGGUAAAAAGCACUACGGAAAUAACAAGCACGUAAUGUUUCUCAAAUUACGACCUGAACUUGAAAAAGAAAAACAACCAAAAAAAAAAAAAAUUUUUAUAUAUAUAUUCACGCUCAAGUUAUCCAAACCUGUACCACUCUUAGCCGUGUUGAAAUUUACGAUAUGGACUGAAAACGACAGGAUGUAGAACAAAGAAAACGAAAACCAGUGAAGCGCUGUGUAGCGAUGUUUUUUAACAAAACAAAUGCAGACGAUGUCAGCCUUCACCAGUUUCCCCUAACCCUGGAUGCUGGACAAUACAUCUGGCUUCUUCCUGAAACUAUUCCACUGUAACAUCCUCCAAAUUUUUAUUUUUGACGACAUCUACUUCUUGGCAAAAGAUGUUUUCUUCCUCCCUCCACAUUGAUUGGAAGAAUCCACACUGACACCUUGUAAUAAAAAAAUCUGUAUGAUUGUAUGAUUGGUUUCACCAAAAGGAACAGUUAUCAGCUCUGUAACUGUCACAAACGUGAGAGAUAACCCAAACUUUAGGCUACUUUACUUCAUUUACAAUUCUGCAUGUGCGAAUGCUAUUUUUUCUGAACCGUGUUUUAAAGUAAAAGCCGAGAAAUAUUCAAUAGUUCGCCAAAUUCAACACAGGAAAACUUAAAAUCGAUUCAAACGCGUGUGAACCUGUAUAAUCCAUCCAAUUAAACUUCCACAAGCGUGUAUGUUUGUAUUUCAGUCAGUGAAACCUUAGCUUCGAAAGGUGCGUGCGUCUAGCAUAAAAACACUUCGCUCCAAUGGUAUUCAAGAGUUUGCACAUUUGGUUUUCUUUACUUGAUCGCUCCUACAUUUAACAAGCGACUGAUUUUCAGAUACUUUAUUUAUAGUCGUAAAUGCUAUCACCAUUCUCGCUUUCUUGAUUGAGGCGGCCGCAGCCCUCGGGCUCUUGAUCCUCUUCUGACUCUCGCGCUCUAUUUUAGGUUACGUUCGUCCUGGCGGUUCAAAUCGCAAGGGCCUGGUUUGGCCAAAAGAUUCAUAAACCCUUUCAUUACGUUCACCUUCCAUCGAGGCCUCAAAAUCCGAAUAAACAGACCCCGAAGUAGAACUACUUUCGCUCGAAGUACUAUCCGCCAUAUUUACUUUGCUCAAUGUACACACGUGAGACGUAUAACGUCACAUGAUCAAAAUCGAAGCUUUUACGGCGGAUGACUCAUGAAGCUGCAUUCAGGAGAGUUUUCCCGGCGAAAAAAGGUACAAAGAGGCAUUCGAAACACAUUGUAUCUGUUUCAAUGCGUUACCCCAGGCAUUUAGACGGUAUUCCGAAAAAGUGACCUGUUAGCCGUCAGUUACGCUUUAACGUUAGAUCCAACCAUUUUAGAAUUGAAUUGGUAAAAAGUGGCGCACAUCAUUAACAUUCGUUAAGACAGACGCCAGUGAGCGUUUAAAAUGGUUUUUUACACGUCAGUUGAUUGUUUUGAAUGCAACACAGAAUUGUGAUAAUACUGUAUAUUAAAAGCAAAAAAUACUCUUUUACUUUUGGUUAGGAAUGCCUAAUACUGCUAUUUUUUGCAAGCUCAAGAGAAAUUUAAUAAAUUAAAUUCAUGGAUUCGAACAACAAAGAUUUCUUAAUAGCAAGCCAAAAAUUUAAAGGACACAAAGAAUAAAUAAAUUCCUGUCAUUUCUGCUUCGACAUGGCUUUUAAUUUGUGAGGAUCCUUAGUUAUCUUUCUAUUAGAUAUCAUGUUAUUGAGAAAAAAGUGAAAAGUCGAUAAUUUUCUUGCUUAUUUUUUGUUUUAAGGUGACUGACCGAACAGGACAGAUUUGUUCUCAAGCUGCUUUUUACAUGCUCUCCAUUGUCUGGUCGCCCAAGUUUAGAGAAGUCCAAAUUCAAGGGAACUAUGCCAAAGGUAAGUGUCCUGAGGCCAUCAAUUCAUGUAGCAUUGUCAACAAUCCAGAGCAAGGUAACGAUGAGAUUCCAGAAUCAUCAGUCAUCAGACUUGGGACCGUGGAGAGCAGAAACAGUCACCAAGAGCAAGAUCCUACUGUGGAAGGGGAAGGAAUUCCAGUUAUUUAUUCUCGCGAUGCAAUUGAUAGUCACUCACAAGAAGGUAAUGUAACAGGAAGGAUAGCGGAUUCUAUCGAUGAGAACCAUAGAUUUAACCCAAACCCAAGUUCUUGUGUGCCAGGAAGCACAGUUCAAGCGAAAGUGGCCAUCAUUUCUUCUUUCUGUAAACUUUUUUUCAUCCCCGUAAUGGCAGUUAUAUUUUCACAAAUAUUUGACAUUGUGCAGCUCAAAAACAUCUCUAACGGAUUUCGAGAUAUAACAACUUCAAAUCCAUCAUUUUUAUACUUUAUACUUCACAUUGUAACGAGCUUCUUCGGUUACAAUUUCGGUUGGCUCGCAUGUUCUCUCGGCAUGCACUGGAUCGGAUAUGCUCUACCGUUGAUGCUGGCAACACCGAUUUCUGUUAUCGCGCCACACCUCUGGAAAAUAUGUGAAAAAAAAACACUUCCAUUACCGUGCGCACCAAAACCUUCAUAUUAUACAAUAAUGGCCGCAGUGUUUCUGUGGCUUGCACAGUGCAUGGUGACGACCUAUUACUUGUGGAAAAGUCCCGAGGAGAAAGCAAACCGCUUGCUUUGGAUUCCAUCUUACAAUGGUAUGAAUUUUUACACCUUCAUUACCAAAUGAUAGACAGAGUCCAGAGGUACACAUUUAUUUUACAUGUUCUGUCACUUCAAACGUCGUCGAAGAAAAAUUUUGCCUUGAAAACGUUUUUCUUUUUUCUUUUUUUUUCCCUACAAGAAUUAUAGUGGAUAUUGAUAACAACGAGGACUUAAACCCAAAUCUUAAAAUGGGAGAAAAUAAAACUGCAAAGACAUCGAAUACCGAAAACAAUUAAGUCAACGAGACUAAACAGAGGAAACCCAAUAAUAAUAAGAAGAACACUACAAAUAUAUUAACCACUACAUAUUGCGGGAUGAAUGAAGUGAUCGCUUUUAUCUGAGUUAUAUAGUCGAAACUGUAAAUUUCGUGUUUUUGUUCCUUAGGUGUUUGCUUUGAACAGUACUUAUUAACUUACAGACGAAACCGCCAAUCUGAAAAGGAACACUUCAAACAGCAAAAUCUGCAGAGUAACUAUUUAUUCUUUUCUCCUUCCUCCUAUUUAGCCGCCAUUAUGUUAAUCUCCCAGCCAUAGUUCGUCACCGAAGGUUAUGAAAAUUCUAAUCGUAUCACUCGAAGAAAUAUCACCUUGUCUUAAUUAUCAUGUGGCGAUGGCAGGAUUUCCAAGUAAAUUGCAACUAGUAGCAAUUAUUUAACACAGAAAUUCUCACAAGUUUUGUUCUUUUUGAUUGCCUCUAAAGGAGAGGAUAGUCAAAUGCAUGUCUUCAUUUGCACUACAAUGUAUCUCGAAAAAGACAAAGAAAUGGAAGAACUUCUUCGGUCAAUCAUAGAUGUCAACAAGAACCUACAGAACUCAAGGCACCGUUACGAAUCACACGUGUUCUUUGAUGAUUGUGUCGAUAAAGACCGGCUGAACAGUCAUGUGUUGCGGUUAGUUUAUCUGGUGAAGGAAUUCUUAAAUUUGCCUCUCAACAGUUGUAUCAAGAUGAGGACCCCUUACGGAAUGCAGCUAAAGUGGACAGUCCGGGAUAAAAUGGAGUUCACGAUUCAUUUAAAGGACAGUACAAAGGUGAAGAAUCUUUCUUGCUUUGUAGUAAUCUAAAUUUCUAUUGUUGAUUAUUAAUACAGGGCAGUUAACGCUCAAUUUUUGCAUUUUGGGCCAAACAAAGGUGAAGAGGAAGAAGAGGUGGAGCCAAGUAAUGUAUAUGUCCUACAUCCUGGAUUAUAAAAUCCCUGAAGGUAAAUAUCAACUUUUUCAUCGUAUCAAAUUUUUAGACUAUCUUGUCAUUAUGAUAAAAUUAAUCCAACCUUAUAUAUGAUUACAUCUUAGGGAAAGACGACCAGUGCUUCAUCCUUUCAACAGACGGUGAUGUUAAAUUUACCUACGAGUCCGUUGAGACCUUAAUUGAUCGAAUCUGCGAGGAUACCACAGUUGAUGCAGUUUGUGCCCGUACCCAUCCUCUAGGCCGUGGACCCAUCGUAUGGUAUCAGAUAUUUGACUAUGCUAUCGGCCAUUGGUUUCAAAAGGUUUGUGUUGUCAUUUGAGCUGCAAGAUGAGUAUAAUAACCAUAUCCAGUCCAAGAUUUUUUUUUUCAGCAAAGGAAUCGAACAGAAAAGUUAUGCUUCAGGGAGAUAACAAAGACACCUCUAUUUCAGUCAGGCUUAUAAAUGUAUGCAAAACAGUUUCUCUACUGUUUUUAAUUCUUUUUUUUUACUUUAGGUGACUAAUCAUAUGCUUGGCACAGUCUUGUGUUGUCCUGGAUGCUUCAGCUUGUAUAGAUGCGAGGCUUUGAGGGAUGUUUUGAAAGAGUUUGCCACUCCCGCAAAAGGUCCCUUUGAAUAUCUUUCCAAAGACUUGGGUAAGGUUCAUUCUCACCUCUUUGUUUACCUUACUCCGUUAUUUAUUCAUUAGAACUCUUCGGUAAUUACAUUUACUUUGUGCAAAUAAAAGAUUGAUAAUAAAAUAAAUAAGUAAAUAAAUAAUUAGUACCUCUUAAUUUCUUUUCCUCCUGGACCCACGAUUGUCACCAUCAACCCCCUUAUACUGUAACCGUGGUAUAAUUAUGCUCAUAUGUCAUCAUUAUGCUCAUAUUGCUAAAAUCAACUAAGUCACAACCAUUUUUUAAGGGGAAGACCGUUGGUUGUGUACACUGAUGAUACAACGUGGCAAACGAUUGACAUAUUGUGCUACUGCAAAUAACAGCACUUACUGCCCGGAGAGCUUUGAAGAGUUCUACAAACAAAGGAGACGAUGGACGCUAUCUUCCCUCGCUAAUUUAGUUUUGCUGAUCAGCAAAGGGAGAGAAAUACUGAGAAAUAACAAACAUGUCUCGUUUUUAUUUAUCCUUUACCAAACGUUCGUUGUCAUUUUCUCUGUGAUCGGGUAAGUUAAAAGCAUUUUUAAAGUUCACAUGAGUUUUUAGACAUUGGCACAAGUCACUGAAAAGAUAAUUCUUUAAUCGAGUCAUAUGAAGCAUCACUCAAUUUUUUUGGAAAUCAUCCUAUAUUCUUAGCAUCUUUAUUAAAAACCGCCAAAACAAACGUUAUUUAUGAUGGCGUGUGAAAAAAAAGAGCGAAGCUUGCCUAACAUAACUUUCAAAAGAUGCGCUUUUGCAAUUCCUGAUGAUGCUAAGGGUUAAAAAGUCCCAGGAUUGUUUACCAAGGAAUGAGAAUGUCUCUUGCUUUUAGAGCAGUAUGAUGUACCUCAGCUGUCGUUGCUUAUUACUGCGGGCAGAAUUUAGGCCCAGAAAUUUGACUGAAACUGUAAUGCAACUUGGCUAGUUUUUGUCUUUCAGAUCGUCCACAUUAAUUCUGGUCAUAGCGGGUGGAAUGACACUAUCAGGUGUUCCCAUAAAGGAAAUAUACGCAGUCGCAUUCCUCUGUCUGGUUUUUGUUGCUUAUGUAUUAUUAUGUCUCUACAAGCCAAAAUGGCAGCUGAAAGUAUCCAAGAUGCUGACCUUUCUUUUCUCAGCAAUUAUGUGCAUCAUAGUAAUUGGCAUGGCUUCUCAAGUUUCAAAAGAUUUGCAGGCGAGAAAAGUUGAUCCAACUGUCGGAACGAUAGUGUAUACGAACACAUCUUUACCAGCAUCAAAACUUCUGCAACACAAUUUACUGGCUGCUGUGAGUUCCCUGUACUUAGCUGGAUUGAUAGGGGUCUUUGCCAUUGCUUCUUUCUUGCAUCCAGGAGAAAUCCUUUGCUCUGUCUGUGGAAUUUGGUAUAUCUUGUGCCUGCCAUCUGGCUUUCUGUUGUUGACGAUAUACUCCAUUUGCAAUUUAACCGACACUUCUUGGGGUACGUUUAUUAUAAUUUUAUCAUUUCACUGCUAUCAUUGA